AUGUCUAGAAAAACGGAUUCCAAAAAUGACGAUCGAGUGUUUGGACCAGUUUUUCAGCCUGAUGAUCUUGUUCCAUCCACUGGGAUAGGCCCUGCAUUACCCUCUGAUUUAUUCAAACAGAAAUUAAAUAAAGAGUCGGAAUCAGUCAAUUAUAAAUCUCCCACUAACUUUGAAGAGAUCGAUACUAUUGGUCCUUUACUACCGGGACAAGAAAUAAGAGAAGAGUGGCGGCAUCUGAAAUCUGGUUAUUCAGGGGGUUUAAGCCGUGUAACGGUGAAAAGUGAAAAACUUAAACGUGAUACAUGGAUGACAGAGUUAUUACCCAGAUCAAGUGUUCUUAAUUCAUUGAAAUCAUGUAAAUUUCGUCAAGAUAUAUCAACACCUCUUCAUGAUGCAUCAUGGUUUACUACACCAAGUGAUGACUCAAAACAAUUGUUAACUAGUAGUCAAACAAAUCAAUCAAUAAAGGACACUGUAAAAUAUCAACGAAAUGAAGCAUACGAUCAGAAGAUGGCAAAGAUUGCUUCGAAACAUCAAAUUUCAAAAGAAAAGUCAAGUUUACUUGAAUUGCAUGAGAAUAAACUCAAACACAAAUUAAAGAAGAAACAUGAAAAGAAGUCCAAGAAACAUAAGCAUAAAUCCAAGAAGCACAAAAAAGAACGUGGAAAGUCAUCAUCACCAUCUACCUCACCACCUGGUAAAUCAACAAGACGACCUUUUGAUCGUAAAAAAGAUCUUAAACUGUCCCGAAUUGAUACAGCUGCUCGGAAGGCAAUAAUUGAACAUUCCAAAAAGCUUUCCAUUCGUUUCAGCCAUGGUAGCCAACAGUAUUUAUAG